AUGCAACCAUUACCCAACAAUGGUAAUAAUAUGUUUAAUGUGUGUCUUAUGUAUAAAAUAUCUCUUGUUUCAGAAACAAAUAUAGAUGCUCAAAAUAUUGGAGGAGGCAUAUCCUUUUUACACUUUAAUUCUUAUUAUUUAACCGGGAUACUGAGUGUCGAUAGUGAUGGAAUAUCCAGAACAAACAAUUCAAUCCUAGGUUUUACAGAUAUUAAUUACCAUGUUAAUUGGAUUCGUGAUGUUUUAAAUAAACAUUUCACAGGGAAAUCGUGCGUUUUACCAACCGUCGAAGGAGUCAUAUAUUCUUAUGAAGGUUCUGAUGAUAUCUUAUCUCACGGGACAUUAAUUAAUCGUAAACUUACUGUUAUUGAGAAUUGUGAAGUUGGAUAUCAUAAGGCUUAUACAUACAGCUUUAGGUAUUGCCUAGGAAGAGGAAGAUGGUUAUUCAAUUUUGAGAAAUUGUGUUUCAAAAUGUGCCCACCUCUAGAAUCAGAAAGUUUGGAUAUUAAAUGUAGUCAUAAUGGUAAGUAUGCUAAUUGUUCAAAUUUAUCAAUACCCGAUACAAUAGCAACACCAUCAUGUAAGCCAACAUAUAUUUCACCACGUGGACAAGAUGAGGUGCCAUUUGAAUUACAUUGUCAGUCUAAUGGAACGUGGAAUAAGCAACUAUAUAGUUGCAAUCCAUAUUGUGGUAGAGCUUAUAAUAUCCAAAACCAAGUACUGAUCGAAAACGGUGAUAAAGCACUUGUUGGAACAGCACCUUGGAAUGUUGGAAUAUAUAAAUUUAAAAAAAUAGAUACCAUUUAUGACUUGAUGUGUGGAGGAUCAUUAAUUGCUCAAAAUUUAGUCAUAUCAGCAGCUCACUGUUUUUGGAAAAUAGGUAUGUUAUCUAAUAGUAGAAUAAUAAAUGAUGGUCUAUACAAAAUUGCUGUUGGAAAAUAUGAUAGAAAUUUUUCAGUAAUAGACAAUGACUUUACUCAAAUAAUGAAUGUGGAAAUUGUUUACCCGAAAGAAGGUUAUAAUGGACCUACUGGGUUUCAUGCUGAUGAUAUAGCUAUUAUUGUGUUACAAAACAGAGUUUCUUUUAGUAAUGGUGUAGCACCUGUUUGUAUUGAUUGGAAUGGAAAUUACAAUGUUAGCAAUGGAGUUCAAGGAAAGAUCGUUAGUUGGGGAAAGACGAAAACAGGCAUUUCAAGUCCUAUUUUGUUAGAGGCAUCUUUACCAUACAUGGACCGUAGUUCUUGCCGGAAUAUGUAUACUAACGGAUUUGAAGCAUAUGUAACUGAUGAUAAAUUUUGUGCCGGUUCUGCAUUGGGACAAGAAGUGGACAAGGGAAGUGGUGCAGGUCUAUGCUUUUUACACUCUAAUUUUUAUUAUUUAACCGGAGUAGCGAGUAUAAAGGAUCCAAGUACAAAUAAUUCAAUCGCAGCUUAUACAGACGUUAAGUACCACAUUCAAUGGAUUCGUGGACUGUAUAACAAACAUAACUAUAUAUAA